CGUCGGCUCCGAACUCCCCCGCAGGAAAGCAGCUUGGACCGGGUCAGUCUGUGUUACCCGAACCUCUCAACUUGCCCUAGCACAUACGCUCGCCCGCUCCUGCGGUGAGAAAGGAAGCCGGGACUCGCACCGAGCCAGUGCCGGGAGGGAGAGAGGGAGGGAGAUCCUGGACACUUCGGCCGGUGCGGAGAGCACAGGGCUCGGUCAGCCGGCCAGAAGUCGCUGGCGGCCGGUUGGUGAUGGCGUUAAAUGCCAAUUGCAGGACAACAGCCGUGCCAGCCCGGGACAGCGGCGGAGCGCUGCCCGAAGUGGUGGAGUUGAAUGUGGGUGGUCAGGUGUACUUCACUCGGCUCUCCACCCUCACUAGCCUCCCUAAUUCAGUGCUCGGCAAGAUGUUCGGCCACAAGAGGAACUCCGGCAGCCCAGAACUGGCCCGAGACAACCGUGGACGCUUCUUCAUCGACAGGGACGGCUUCUUGUUCCGCUACAUCCUGGAUUACCUGCGCGACCGCUCUGUGGUCCUGCCCGAUCUCUUCCCGGAGAAGAUGCGUCUCAGACGGGAGGCUGAGUUCUUCCAACUGCCCGAUUUGGUUCGGAUGCUGAGUCCGGACGAGAGGCAGAGUCCCGGCCUCGAAGACCCAUUGCACAGCGACCAGGAUGAGCUGUCCCAGGGCAGUGACCUUCCACGGGGUGUGAGCCAGACAGCCGAGCGCAGGGCAGGAUUUAUCACCCUCGGUUACCGGGGCUCCUGCGUUCUGGGGCGGGACAGCAUGCAAGGCGACGCCCGGCUCUUCCGCCGGGUACCUCGAAUCCUAGUGUGUGGCCGCAUCGGGCUCCUCAAGGAAGUGUUCGGAGAUAAUGUGAACGAAAGUAGGGACCCAGACCGGACACCGGACAGGUACACGUCCCGCUUCUAUCUUCGCUACCGGCAACUCGAAAGAGCAUUCGACACGCUGGCCGAGGCAGGCUUCACUCUGUUAGGCAGCAAUUCGUCCGUCACCGGCUCAGCCUGCGGCCAGGCAAUCGAUGAUAGGGCAUGGAGCAGCUACACCGAGUACCUCUUCUACCGUGGCUCUUCUCGUUGGCCUUCACCUCACUGUGAAUGUGGCUGCCGGAAUGAUAAAAGUGAAAGGGAUGGAGAGAGUGUAACGUCGUGCAAUGAACUGUCCACCUCGAGUUGCGACAGCCAGUCUGAGGCCAGCUCGCCACAGGAGACAGUGAUCUGCGGCCCAGUGACCCGGCAGUCCAACAUCCAGACCCUGGACCGGCCGGCCAAGAAAGGGCCGGUGCAGCAGGUGCAACAAAGCGAAUUUCGCAGGAAGAGUGAUCUCCUGAGGAUGCUCACCAGUGGAUCCCGGGAGUCCAACACGAGCAAAAAGAAAGUCAAAGAAAAACUGACUAUUGAAGAGGAGCUGGAGAAAUGCAUCCAAGAUUUUCUUAAAAUUAAAAUACCUGAUAGGUUCCCAGAACGGAAGUAUCCAUGGCAACUAGAACUGCUACGGAAGUACCACCUAUAGGCCAGGUCCUUGCACAGGACAGCCUUCUCUUCCAUGCUUCUGGGCUCUCCUGGGUCCGUCUUUCCCUGUUCCCAAGCUGCAGCUAUUUUCCUCUCCACCACGCACCUGGUCCCUCAUUGCACCAUGUUUCCUCCUCCGAGCUUUAGACGGCUUUCUUCUCUCAUCGCCAACUAUGUCCGAAAAGUGUUCAUCUCUUUCACUAAGUCCCAAGCUAAACGAGGACAAGGUCAUUAGGGAGACGUGCUUGAGUUCUGAUCGCUUAUACGUUGCUGAUCAAACUUCAUUGGAAAUCUGAAUCACUAAUAUUACAUUCUGAGAGAGUGAGAUAAAUGGGACAGGGGAUCGUGUCGCAUUUUAAACUUUCAGACACCCCACUUAAAAAUGGAAGCAAAAUACUUGUUCUGAAAAUCAACAGGGAGCCAAUGUGUUCCUGCUCGUACUGGUCUCUUGGUUCUGGCUCUCUCCUGCUCCCUGCUCUGAUACCUGCAUGUAUUUAAGUGUGCAGAUUGUGAAUCAGACUUCAGUUACCGUGCUAUUCAUUGUAAUAUUAUUAGUAUUUAUCACAGAAAAAAAGAUCUGUUCUCACUUGGAAGUGCUGUCAAAAAGAAAUUAAUUUACUCAACAGUUCCAUUGCGAAAUAUCUUACAGCUGCAUCACAAGCGAAUUUCACCAGCUUGCUUAAAUUAACAAAGAUAUAUGCAUCUUAGAAGAAAAAGCACAUUGAAAGUUUUGACUACAUUGUGUCAGUAAUGAGGGUCUAAGCAGAGAUUCCAUACACUGACUGUUCAAGUGCCCGACUCUAAAGUGAAGGAUCCAUUUUUACUCUAGAUUCCAGUGGCUGCAGAAGUUGCCAUUCGCUCUUCCUUCUACAGGAAUAGUUUGGUGCAAAGCAGAUUUAGCCAAACAAAAUGUGACUGUGAGAUUCAGUAUUCACUGUGUGAUGUUUUAAUUGGAUAAUGACUGACAGUCUAUUGAUGAAUAGUAUUCUUAUCUUGGAGAUCUGUGGAACUCUCUUGCAACGUGUGACUUUUUAUUUCCAGUAAGUUUGUGAUACUUAUUUCCCUGCUGGGAUGUUGAAGCACAAGUCUGUCUCUUCCAUGAAAUACUGCUACAAUGGUGGGUCUCUGAUGAUCAGUUUACCAAUUUCAGGUUAAGAUCAUGAAAUAAAACCCUUUUGAGGGCUAUGUUAGUAUCCCUGCACUGUGUAUGAACUUAAUAGAAUAUUUAUAUUUCAAUUGUUUGAAUGUUUGGUACUGAAAGCUGUGAUUUAUGUGUUAUGCUUUGGUCUCUUUGUGGUCUGUGCCCCUUGUUAUUAUAUUAGUGCAGAAUCUAGAAAUGAAUAAACCACUUCUUAGAGGGUUAAUUAAAUAAAACAACACAUAUCAUCUGUUCCUCCCCCUCUCUUUCAGUUGGAUACAAAGAAAAGGGAUCAUAAAUCUUACAAAGGGCCAACUGAAUAAUGGCAGGCAUAUAGGUGCAUUAUCAAGGGAGUUUUAUUGUCACUUUUUAACUCACUGUCUUUUAAAUGUGCAAUAAGAUGAUGUAAUUUCGUGUUGGUUGAAAAUAUCAGUCAUUUUGCGUGAUGUCAUUGUGACAAAUACAAUCUGAGGGUCUUCUAGGUUAUUUUUUCCAACUGUAGGAAGGCCCUUUAAAGGACACACCUCAUUUUGUUUCAGUUAUUUUGCUUACCAGUUGGAAAUGUGGUUUUUCCUCACUGUAAUAAUAUCAUUUGUGCUGAGGAAUGACAUCCAAAGUAUCACCUUUCAAAUAAGAAAGCCCAUUCUGGAUUGAGACACGGGUUCAGCACAUGUCUUGUCAGUGGCAAAUUAUUGACAGAAAAGUAUUGCCAAUUUGGCAGUUCCAGCCUCUACUUUUUUGAUCAUCGAGAUCACUCAUGUCAUUUCAAGUAAUAAUUUGAAAUCAGCUGAUUCCAAAGGCCACCAAGACACCAUUUUAGACUGUUGGGCUUACUGGAUUCUGUAGUAUGCUGGCUUUUGUGAAUUAAGGUGAUAUAUUACACAGUGUUCUUGAAUACCUCCAUCUAACUGGUCAAUCUUUCUGUGGUACUGCACUGUUCUGGUUUACAAAUUACGGACACUAAAGAAAUGUGUGACUGACAGCUUGUAAUGUUUGAAAAUGUGUAUAAUUUAAAUAUACAGUAUAUUGAAAUGCACAAUAUUUAUAAAUAAAGAUAU